GGCCGCUUUGCGAGAGGAACUCUGCCGCUGCUUGUUUCUAGGCGAAGCCGUGAAAUCUCUGUGCGCAUGAUUCUGUAAACAAGUUUCACCGUGCUAAGAGCCGGAGCGAGGCGUUUGCUCUGUGCCAUACGUCACUCGCAGCCGUGCGCCGCUACUACACCAGUGCGAACGAGGAUUCGUUCUGUCAUCAAUGGGUGGCGACCGAGCGCGGUGAUCGAGUGGCUCGUCGGAGAGAGAGCAGGUGUUUUGUGUGUUUGGAGCCAACGUUCGGAAUAGACCGGCAUCAUUGCGGUGUUUCCGUGAGAAAGAUCAGGUUCAUCACUCUGCCUCUAUCCUUCCGCCCGCAAGAUGCAGGGACCGGAAGCCCUUCACCUGGAAGAUGCACUGGAGGAUAAUCCGCAGACACGGUCUAUGGUCCACCUCUUCGAGCAAGAUGCUCACCACCUUGACAAGUACGUGAGAGUCAUGUACGAGCAUGCCAAUCGCAUAUGGAACGCCGAGAAGGAACUGGCUGAUGCCACAGCAAGCUUGGCGUUCCAUAUGCGGCAGUACGAUACUCAGGACUUUCCUCUGGACACAGAUCCCGAUAGCAUCCUCCGGUCGACACUCAGGCAACUUUCCAGCAGCCUAGAAGAGAUCAGCUCGUGGCACCAAAUGUGCAGUGCCCACAUAGGUGACGGCAUGGUCUACCCUCUCUCUAGGUUCCUCGAAUCCGACCUCAGAGAAAUUUUCACCCUUGAAGAGCAGUACAACAAGGCCACAGCAGAGCGGGAACAAGCUCUGGGGCGCUACUGCAAGAUGUCGCGAAAAAAAGACACCGAUCGGCAGCGACUGGACCUCAGUGAAGAGCUGUAUUUGGCAAACCGCCGAUUCCACACGGUGUCUCUGCAGUUCUAUGCCCAGCUGAAUGCGCUGCAGUACCGGCGCAAGAUGGCACUGAUCGAGCCGCUUCUGGGCUAUGUGCACUCCAUGAAGUCCCUGUUCGGCGUCGCUCACGAGACAAUGCACACUGCCGAGCAGGACGAGUUCCUCACCAACAUCGCAACCAGCCUGGGAGAGGUGCAACGAGAGUUGCAGGCUCAGACAGAGAAGGCAGCGCAUCAGGCGGGCGUGUUGGCACGGCAAGGGGAAGAGAACGCCGCCUAUCUUGCCGAGGGUUCUUCUGCGCCUGCACAGACGGGCCUGUCCCACAAGGCGGGCUACCUGUUCCACCGGACGAAAAUAGCAGGUAUGGUGAGCCGCUGGGACCGAGCUUACUUCUACACCCUCGGGUGCCACCUUAUGCACAUUCCAAAGGGGGAGAGUGUCGGCAGUGCUGUGAUGGAAAUCGACAGGGGAACCGUUGCGCACGCCUUGGACGAAGAUCGCCGCAAUGUCUUCCAAAUCAGCAACGGCAAAAAGUCGGUGGUGCUUCAGGCAUUGAGUGAGCCAGAACGGGACGAGUGGAUCACCACGGUGAUGAACGUCGCUGCUGAAUGCCACCCAGGCGGCAGGUCACACUCUGUUCCCAAGGAGGCACCCGCAGCCAAGACAGAGCGAACCCCGUCGCUACCCAAUGCAGCAGCACCCGGUUCUAUGCCUGCUGCUGCUGUUGCUGCUGCUGCUGCUCCAAGUCAAGAACGAAAAAUGCCUCGGCCAAGGCCGGCCACGCAAGAGGAUCUCAAAGAACUGGCCAACACUCCCAUCCAGUUUGACAUGUUCUCCCCGUCAGAGGACAAAGGCUCAUCCGGGCACUCUCCAAAAGACGGACCAGCUGUGCGCAUCAACCCCUUUGACCAGUGCGGUUCCUCUAUCACAAUGGAGUCGGCCAAGGAUGCGUCGUGCUCCUUCUGGGAGGCCUUCACCGUGCGAUUCCUCGGCUCCAUGCAAGUGCCCUGUGACAGAGGAGACCAGCUGGUCUGCGAAACCAUGCGCCUGAUCCUGGCUGCCCGCAUGGCACACAACGUCUUCAAGAUGGCCGAGUCACACAUGGUGGUCAGCCAGAAGGAACUCAGGAUUUUGGACCCUUCCCAUCAGGCUGUGCGUGCCUGCUUCCCAUUGGCUGAUGUGUCCUUUUGGACAGUUCACAAGGAGAACAACAGGCUGUUGGGCUUCAUCACGAUUAACCCUGGUGAAGGCCCACCCACAUACAGGUGCCAUGUCUUUGAAGUGAACACAAGUGCUGAAGAGGUGUGCACUGCCCUCUCUGUAGCUGCCAACAUUGCCCUCAAGGCCCUCAUGGGCCAACAGCAGCAGCAGCAACAAGAGAAACAGGCACAGAAAGAAGACGAAAAGCAGAACGAGGAGCUCCUACAGAAACUGAAGCUCUCUGAAGACGAAAACGCCCUUUUUCCUUCAACUACCAAGAACGUCAAGUCGGAUGCCACGGCUGGGGAAGAGGCAACAACUGCGCCUCUAGAAGCAGGCGAUGUCAAGACAACCUGACCGCACGCGCAUUCUUGAAAAAAUUUUUU